CUUACGUGUGAAAAGCAGGCAUAACAGAAACUGGAAGUCUACACCAACAAAAGCAAACACAAAACGCUUUCUCUGUUCCUCCAGAGGAAAGUUUGAGAAAACAACGCAAAGCUAGUUACUUUUUGAUCGAACAGGCCAUAUUUCACAUAGAUUUGCUGCUAAUAUCUUGCCAUAAUAUUCUCCCUACCCUUGAGCGUGUGUGAGAGAGACGCAUUGAACAUUAACAAAGAGCAAUACUUUUAUGUGGGUGUUUAUGGAGAGCAUUUAUUAGUUUGUGAUUGUGAUAAUGGUAAUUCUGGGGAUUUCCUUCAUGUUUUUUCUGGGUUUAAGGUUUUAGAAGUGGGGUUUUAAUUUAAGUUCAAAAGGGUGACUUUUUUAGAGAAAUUUUGAAAAGUUUUUGGCUUUUUUGUGUUUUUGCUUGAGUUUUGGGGAUUGUGAUGACUGAGAAAAGUUAAGGUUAGUGUAUUAGGAUUGUGGUUUGGUUUUUGAGCUUGUGGUGUUGUGGAAUUAUGGGAGAGACUGAGAUUGAAGAGGGAGAGGCAUGUGAUUACAUGGACAAUGGUGAUCAGAACUUUGAUAUUGAUGUGGCUCUCUCUUACCUUGAUGAUAGGAUUCAGGACAUCUUGGGGCAGUACCAAAAAGAUUUUGAAGGUGGGGUUUCUGCAGAGACUUUGGGUGCAAGAUUUGGUGGUUAUGGUUCGUUUUUACCUACUUACCAGCGUUCUCCUUCUAUACGGUCGAAUCCAGUAACCCAGCGGAAAGUACAAAGCCAUGGCAUGCUACCACCUUCUCAUGAUGAUCAGCUGACAGAGGGUGCCUCUCAGAACUCCACAAGCUCAUUACAUGAGACCGUUUCUGCAAGACCUGCAGCCGCUUUGAGAAUUUCCUCUCCACUGCCUUUAGCAAGGCCUUUGCCUGACGAUAGGUUAGUUAAAAUUCAAAGUUUGAGAGAAUAUGUUUCUGGUUAUGAACCACUUCAACGUCCAGUAAACCAGUCAGACCAGAAAAUGCUGAAGCUACGAAUCAAAGUGGGGUCAGAUAAUUGUUUGCCAGAGCAGAAAAUUUCAGCAAUCUACAGUAAUCUUGGCCUGGACAUGUCUCCAUCAUUAUCAUCAGAGGACACUGACAGCCCCUCUGAAUGGGAGAGGGAUUUUCCAGAUUCUCUAGAGGAACAAAUGGAUUCUCCAACUUGCAUUGUCAGGAUUAUGACCUCUUCUCCUAUACCAAGUGGUGCAAUGUUGUCACCUCUUCAUGAUUGUUUGCUUAAUUUAUCAGAACAGAAAGAUUCUUUGGACCAUGAAAGAACAGUACCUGUGCAAGAGUUCUCUGUCCUGUGGGCUGACGAGAAAGUGCCUGUCAAGAAGCAAAAGAAGCCAAGUGAUAGAAGUGUGAGGUUGGUGGAGCUGAAGAAUGAACACUUUUAUGAUCCACCCAAUUGUUUUAGUGCCUUUUUGAAGAAUGAAUCAAGCAUGGAGACCUCAAAUGGAAACCAUAUGUUAUCUGAUGCAAGAAAUCACCCUCCUGGAUCCAAAACUGCUAAAAUGGGUGGAGUAGCUGCUGGAACAGGUACAAAAUUCAGAAUCAAUGUGAGUGGGGCAAAAGAGGAAACAUUUAGCCAAAAAGCUUGCAAGAUGCAUGAAGUAAGUGCGAAGGCUACUUUGACCAGAAAAGUUCUGAAAGAUAAAAAAUUAGGCUGUGUCCCAAGUGACAAUGGGAGCAAAGGUGAUAAAAGUCUUGAUUUGUCUAAAGAAGAUUACAGCAUGCCUGAGGGAAUGAGAAAAUGUAGAGAGGGAACCUUGGAUCUUACAAAACAGAAGUUUGAAAAGAAGAAAACAUCCUACUUGCAUGAUGAAAUGAAAGUAUCUCACGGGGAAAAACAGCUAUCUGCUGGCAAAAAGAAACCUAAGGGAAGCAAAUAUGAUUGUAUCUCUACUGAGAAGUCAAAUAAUAGCAUGAGGAUCAAUUUGUCUGCAGAGCCAAAAGAAAAGAUCUUUCAAAAAAGCAGCCUUCCAUGUAGAAGUAAAGGGGAUAAAGCAUUGCACGAAAACUUGAGAAAGGUCAAAGUUAAACAUCCUGUAUCGAUUGGUGACAGAAAAGCAGGGAGAAGUGAAUCUAGAAACCAUCUGCUGGGAACUUCUGUUGGAGAUGAGACAAGGGACUGUAAGCGUGAGGUACAUGAGAAAAAAACCCUUGUUUUCAGAAACAAAUCAAAGGUGAGUUCAGUUGAUAAAAAAAACAGUUUGGUUUCAACUUCUAAAGCAAAUUUAAGAGGAGACAUCAAUGGUGGUGCGCCAUCAGCUGGCCCACUUCCUAUGGAGGUUGCACCAUAUCUUAUAGAGGAAAAUUGGGUGUGUUGUGACAAGUGUCACAAGUGGCGGCUUCUACCAUAUGGUACAAACCCUGACCAGCUUCCACAGAAAUGGCUGUGCACCAUGCUUGACUGGCUGCCUGGAAUGAACUGUUGUACUGUUAGCGAGGAGGAGACAACGGAUACUCAGCGUGCACGGUUUCGACUCUCUGUUGCAGGGAACCACAAUGGCCGGCUAAGCCAUUCUGUCAGCACUGAAUCUUCAAUUACCUUUGUUAAUACCUGGCAUGAUCUUGAUCAAAAUCCACAAGAUCUUAGCUUUAGUGGUGGAAAGAAGAAACAUGAAAUUAAAGAAGUGUCUAAUCCAGCUCAGUAUAGUCUUUCUAAGAAGUUGCUGAUCUCAACAAGGAAGAAUGAACAUGUCUCUAUUGAAAGAAGGUUACAAAACAGGAGCUUGCCUUCUUGGGAGAAAAAGUUGGAGAAAAGAUUGGGUGAUGUGCAGCCACAGAAAUCAAAGACCAAGACAGAAGCUGAUCAAGAAAGUUGCAAGCUUUCCAAAAAAGCAAGGACAGACAGUAUGCACUUUGCGGAGGAAGAUCAUAAUACUGGUGGAUUCUCAAAGAAAGAAAUGGGAAGUAAUGAUAAAAAGAAUUCAUCUUCCAGAGAAAUGAGGUGUCUCGCUAGGAAUUCCACAAAUCUUUAUGUUGAAAAACAUAACCAGUUUCAGAAGACACUGGUUGCAGAGGAUCAAGAUACAAUGGGUAUUGAGAGGAAGAAGAGAAAGUCUAAAGACUGGAUGGACAGUCAGAUCUAUCAAGGUAACCAUUCUGGUAAUAGGCUAAAUAGGUGUAUUUCCAUGGAGAAGACAAGUUGGAGCGAAGGCAGAAAAGAAAAGAAGCCAAGAAAAUGUAAAUUUGAAGAAAAGGUCUCUAGUGCAAGCAAGGGUGUUUGCAAACUGUUUGAAAAAGAUAAGAUGAAUUAUUUAUCCCAAUCAACUGUUGAUGGUAAGAAUUCAGAAAGAAGGGAUUUGAGAGACUUCCAAGAUGUUAAGGGCUCGCCUGUGGAGUCAGUCUGUUCUUCACCUUCGAGGAUUUCUAACCGAGGCAGCCCUAGAAGGACCUCUUCAGGUGAUCAUGGUAGCACAGACAUUGGUUUUUAUCAUUUCAGUGGCCAAACAAAAUCCUUAGAAGGUGAACGUGUUGGUUUAAGUAACUGGUCUGGGACCUCUAGGAAGGAAAAUGCUCCUGUUUCUGCACCUAUCAAUGAAAAAUCAAGGGAAAUCUGUAGACAUAAUGAUGAUGAAGUUGAGAAACAUUAUGCUGGUCAGAAGGUUUCUUCCAUCAAAAUUCUAAACAAUAGUAAUAGAGAGGAUAACCAAUUUAGAUGCGAGGGAUAUGAGGCCUCACUUGAGAAAAUGGAUGCUGUUUUUCAAAAGGAUUGCAAUUCAGCUUCACAUCAUAAUGUUCUGCAGAACUGCAACAGCAGUAGAUCUUUGGACAUGCUUGACAAAAUUAAUCAAGUGGAAAAGGCUGCUGGGAAAUGGAAAUCAUUGGAUUUCUUAUUUUGUGGUGAUAAAAUGGGAAAUCAGUCUUGGAAAAAUAGUGAAAAUGAUGCAUUGGAAGUUGAUGGUUCUAGUUUUGAAGACUUGGCAAGGGCUCCAAGACAACUUGGAAAGGAUGAUGGUCGGAAUGGGUUUCAAGAUGUUACGCAAAGGUUUCCUUUGCCUGAUGCCAGCAACACUAUUGCAUCAAAUCAUAUCAGAAAUUAUUUCUUUAGUCAGGUAGCAAAUGAUGCUUUGGAAGGAGCCAAGGAUCUUAAGCAUUCAACAGAUUCUCUUAAGGUUUCUGAAUCAGGCCUUCAAAGUACUGAGUUAUUCUUUCAGGCAGCUUUGAAAUUUCUUCAUGGGGCAUCCCUUUUUAAUCCUCAUAACAACAAUAGCACCAACAGUGGGGAGAUGACAUCAGCUGAAAUGUAUGUUCGUGCUGCAAAACUGUGCGAAUAUUGUGCUUCUGAAUUUGAGAGAUUCAAUGCCUUGGCAUAUGCUUUUUUGGCAUACAAAUGCAUUGAAGUGGCAUAUAUGCGGGUAGUCCAUUCCAAUGACCUCACUGCAAGCAGGGAUCUGAAUGAACUGCGAACAGCAUUAAAAAGGGUUUCUCCAGUUGAGUCCCCAUCUUCUUCUGACUCUUAUGUUGAGAACCUAAACAGUGAAGUAAAAGUGGAGAAUAGAAAUAUAACUAAGGAUGUUGGUUGUUCUCCAGCAGCUACAGCUUGUAUCAUUGCUGCUAGAAACCAGCCCAGCUUUGUUCUGUUGCUUAAUUUUGCAGAAGAUGUGAACCUUGCAAUGGAAGCCUCAAGGAAAUCCCAGGCUGCCUUUGCAGCUGCUGAAAUAAUUCUUGCAGAGACAGGCAAUACUGAGGGUAUUUCUUCCAUUAAGAAAGUUCUUGAUAUAGGCUUCCAUGAUGUAGAGGGGCUAUCGCGGCUGAUACGCCUUGCAAUAGAGAGCCUUCACAAAACUCCUUGAUGCCCUGGGGAGCAUCUUAAUGCCAGGAAAAUAUUCUGCUUCUCCACUUCAUAUAUUCACAAGGAGAUGCACAGUUUCCAUGUUCAUGCUCUUGGCUAGUGCUUGAGUAAGGCUACCGAGGGCUAAAGAGGUGUUUGAAAGUGUGAUAAUAGUUGCUUUUCAAAGUGUUUUUCACUCGGAAAUGCAUCAAAAUAUUAUUUUUUUUAUUUUUUAAAAUUUAUUUUUGAUAUUAGAACAUCAAAAUAAUUUAAAAAUACUAAAAAAAAUUAAUUUAAAGAAAAAAAUUAAAUUUUAAUAAAAAACAUGUUUUUCUGGAAAUUUUUGUUUACUUGUGGGAUGGUUGAACACAAGUUUUGAUACUCCAAGCUGUUCAUGAAGAUAAAUAGGUUUUCAAAAAUUAUAGAUAGCACUUAGGAACGCAUUCAAAGAUGACAGUUCUUAGUGCAAGAGGCAUGGUAUGCAUCAUCACCACCGCCACUCCUCUCCUCCCUUGUGUUUUUCUUUGUUAUGGUAUAUUAUUAUUUUGAUGUUUAGGUUGUUGCAUGCACAGUGUUAUUGCUAUUUGUAAGCAGUUGUCUUCACAGCUAACCUCAGAGGUAGCAAGUCAAAGAGUAGUAGAUAACCUGUACAGGAGAAAUUAGGAGCUUGCUGACAAUCACAUUUUUCUUUGAUGCUAUAGUUUCAUUAACAUUUGAACUUUGAUUUGUAAUAUACUGAAGAAUAUCAUAAUUCAUCAGCUACAAUUUCAAACC